CAAACACUCAGCUCUGACUCUCUACUUCGUACUCCUACCAUUGACAUCAACGUCCCGUUACCAACCCAACCCAACACAACCAUUACAAGAAACCUUCCAGUGAUUUUUCCUAGGCUGGACCACAUCAGUUCGAGAUUCCCCUGUAUUUUUUCAACGUUACUUUAACUUCCAUCUUCCAUCUUUCUCUUCCUGUUUUUAAAACAAGACAUUAUCUCUAUUUCUCCGUUAUUAAUAUACCAAACGGGAAACGGCAUUCCCUCCUCCUACUUUCGUCCACUUUUCACUUCCGUGUUCCCGCAGCUCCUCACAACUUUGACCCGACAAGGACCGAAGAUUUACAAACAUGGGUAAGCCUAGGCUUAUCAUUCUUGUCAGACACGCCCAGUCCGAGGGCAAUAAAAACCGUGACAUCCACCAGACCAUCCCCGACCACCGCGUUAAAAUCACACCCGAGGGCUGGGCUCAAGCAUACGACGCCGGAAGGCGCCUCCGCAAGCUCCUCCGUGAGGAUGACACCCUGCAAUUCUUCACCUCUCCGUACCGCCGCACCCGCGAGACCACAGAAGGAAUCCUCGCCACCCUGACCUCCGACGACCCAGAACCUUCUCCCUUUAAGCGUGACAAUAUCAACGUGUACGAUGAGCCCCGUCUGCGGGAACAAGACUUUGGGAAUUUCCAGCCGUGUAGCGCCGAGAUGGAGCGUAUGUGGCAGGAGCGUGCCGAUUACGGGCACUUCUUCUACCGUAUUCCCAACGGCGAGAGUGCCGCCGACGCCUACGACCGAGUUAGUGGCUUCAACGAGAGUCUCUGGAGGCAGUUUGGCGAGGACGAUUUUCCCAGUGUUUGCGUCUUGGUUACCCACGGCCUCAUGUCUCGCGUGUUCCUGAUGAAAUGGUACCACUUCACCGUCGAAUACUUCGAAGAUCUGCGCAACGUUAAUCACUGCGAGUUUCUCAUCAUGCGCAAGGACGACGAGUCUGGCAAGUACACUCUCGAGAACGAGCUCCGGACCUGGUCCCAAUUACGUCGCGAGAGGGCUCUCUUGCUGAAGGAAAAGGAGGACGACAAGGCCGUCAAAUGCUUCGCCCCACCACGACGAUGGGGCGGGUGCCCCGACGGAUGCAACCACGAACGUCAGUACAAGCGCCGGGAGGACUUGGAGAUUCUCCGCCAGCGAGACGAGAUGGCCGCCGAAGCCGUGAACGGGCUGCGCUUGCAGAACACCCAGCCGCAACCGCCGUGCCUCCCCAGCCGCCGGUCAACUGUCAAGCGAUUCAAACACGGUUCGUACGACUCGAGCGACUCGGACAAUGAUGCGGCCCGCAAAAUGGGCGCCGCUCCACCCCGGCCGGUGCCGCAGAUCGAUCUAACCCGCGCCUGCGAGGAAGUCGUCUCGUCGCCCGAUGCUACGCCUUCCUUUAUCUCCGCCGAGGACCGCCUGCGCGGGCUCCAGUCUCCGCACCUCCACGUGGGCCGUGACGGCGGGGGCACGUACUCAGGCCAUGCUUCCCUGUCGAAUAGCGACGUGGAGGAACCCAGCGAAGACGACGCUGAUGGCUCUGGGCGCGUCAACGGAGGCCGAGGCCAGGACCGCGUCGCGUUGCUGGCGGCGCAGUUGCAGAAGCUACCGACGGCGUCGGCCACUGACGCUACCACGAAUGGCGGGUCGGGUCAUCUUCCUGGUCAGGGACCCGUAGACGUAUCGAGGGAGCGAGGCGUAACGACCAGGGAAGACGAUUUCCUGGACAAUUAUGGUAGGAGACUUGGAGCGAGAGCCAACCGUCUCGGAGAUACCCACAGUAGUGAUGUGGGCUCCGACGGAGGACGGACCGAUGAGGACCAUGAGGACGAUGAAAUGACGCGAACGGAAAAGAGAGAAAAGAGCAUUGCCGGCAGCGUAUACUAAAAUAAUAGCCUACGCUGACAGCAAAGCAUGUUGUGGAUUUGUUAUUGUCCAGAGGUAAUGGUAUGGGCUCUGGAAUUGCUGGGAUGAUUCGAGUCGGCGUGCUGGUUUCUAGCGGAAGAAAGAAAUGUUUCGGGCUGAUCAGGAUUUUGCAUGGGUUGCAUCAGAGCGCUCGAAUCCUUUAUCCUCUCGCCAUACAAGAAGUAUGACUCGGAAGACGGACGGAACAGAAUUUAUACCCCUCUACAAUUGUAUCGCUAAGUAGGAUGGCGCAAGCACCAUACCCUUCCUUCAUCGAAUUCCGGAUUAGGACGAGUGAUGAGCUCGGUAACAAAUAUUAGCAGUGAUACAC